ACAAAUAGAAUUGACGCGCUGCGGCGGGGCUCACGGGCGACAACGCCGCAGCAUCUUUUGCUUGCACGAAGCAUUGCUGUCGUUGCACGCCCUAAGAACGAGCCGAUGAUAGUGUUGCCACUGCGAAAACAGAACCCACUGCAUCGCAACUCCAAACGGCCUGGGCUCCAGGGUGUUGCAAGCGCAGUCGCAGCGGUUGCCCCUGCCAGCACCGGCGGUGCAGCAGCAUCGCCGCUCUGCCCCGACGGCUGGCCGCUGUGGUGUCUGUUGCUGUCGUGCGCCGCACUAGCCCAGAUUGCCGAGAAGCACACCGCCUGGGGCAGUGCCCUGUCGGCGCCGCUCGUGUCCAUGCUGGCGGCGGUGGGGCUGGCGGCCAGCGGCGUCAUCCCAGUGGACUGCGCCGCGUACGGGGUGGUGUGGGGCUAUGUGAUGCCGCUGGCUGCCGCCUGCUUCCUGCUGGAGACCGACGUGGGCAGGCUGGUGCGGGACGGCGGCCCGCUGCUGCUGAGCUUCCUGGUGGGCGCGCUGGGCAUGGUGGCGGGCGCGGCGGUGGGCGCGCUGGCGCUGCGCGGGCCGCUGGAGGCGGCGGGCGGCGGCAAGGUGGCGGCGUGCCUGUGCGCCAGCUAUGUGGGAGGCAGCGUCAACUUCGCGGCGGUGGCGGCGGCUCUGCACCUGCCCCCCGCGGUGCUGCCGGGCGCCAUGGCCGCCGACAACCUGAUGAUGGCCGCCUUCCUGGCAGCCCUCAUGGCCGUGCCCGUCAACAAGGCAGCCACAGCAGUAGCAGCAGCAGCGGCGGCGGCAGCAGCGGCGCCGGCAGCAGGGACAGCGGGCCUGGCUGUAGCAGGGAGCGCCGGGCAAGGGCCGGCUGUAGCAGGGACAGCAGCAGCAGGAGCAGCAGCCGCGGUGGCGGGGGCGCCUGCGGCGCUGACGGCGGAGGGCCUGGCGCUGAUCCUGGCUGCGGGCGGGGUGACUGUGGCUGUGUCCCAGGCGGCCGCGGCGGCGGUGGGCGCUGCGCCGUUCCUGCUGCUGGUGAUGGCGGCGGUGGCGACGGCGCUGGCGGAGGCGGCGCGGUGGGCGAGGCGGCGGCUGGGCGGCCCCGAUGAGCCCGUGUUCACAGGCGCGGGCCAGGUGGGCACGGCGCUCAUUGGCGUGUUCUUCGCCGUCAUUGGCGCCGCCGCCGGCUCACUCAGCUGCCUGGCGGGCGCCGGCGUGCUAGCGGCCUUCCUCUCCGUCAUGGUGGCUGUACACUGGGCGGUGGUGGCGGUGGUGGGGCGGGGACUGCUGCGGCUGCCGCUGGAGGCGCUGCUGCUCGGCUCCAAUGCCAACAUAGGCGGCUCGGCCACUGCAGCAGCCAUGGCCGCCGCCAAGGGCUGGCCGCACCUGGUGCAGCCGGCGCUGGUGACGGGCAGCCUGGGGUACGCCGCAGGCACACUGGCGGGCAUGGCGGUGGCGAGGCUGCUUGCUGUGUAGCCGGCUGUGUAGCUGGCUGUGUAGCCGGCUGUGUAGCUGGCUGUGCAGCUGGCGGUGUAGCUGGCGAUGUGGGGGUGUGGGGAGGGAGAGGGACUUGGAGAGGGGCGGCGUGCAGGGAGGGGCGCGAGGGGCGUGUGUCGAUGGAGGUGGAGAAAGCUGGAGGUGGCUGGAGGAAGGCGCGGAGCGUGCGUGUGGUGAUUGGCAGGUUUGGGGGAGGAGGGUUGCGGGGAAUGCGGGCUUGAGGGCAGAACAGCGGGGGUUAGGCGUGCGAUGGUUCCGUACUGUGGCAAGGACUGAAGACUGAGUGUGGGGCGCAUUGCACUAUGGGGCACUGAGUGCAGGAACGGAUAAUGGCACUGCUGAGAGGGGGUGCGGCCGCACCCGCAGGGUCGGGACCCGGAGGAUGGGGGCUAGCAUGACGUCAGUGGUCGCUCCGCGCACUCAUAAUCAGGGC